AUGGCCCUCAAAAAGUAUUUGUCAUGGAAAAAUAUCAUUCCCAACUACAUCAAACCCAAGUACCCAUCUCCAGGUCCUAAAGUUCAUGCUACCAAACAAAGUCCUAACCAAAGGCUAUCACUCUCUUAUAUUAGCCACUCUGGCUCUUCACUUUCAUUGAGGAAUCGCUCAAAUUAUCUUAUAAGCAUUCAUAUCUUUACCCUCAAUGAGCUAGAAAUGAUAACACACAAGUUCUCCAAGAGUAAUUUUCUUGAUAAGGGUGGGUUUGGACCUGUAUACAAGGGAUUCAUUGAUGACAAUCUCAGGCCUGGCCUAAAAGCUCAACCUGUUGCUAUAAAGGUCCUUCAUUUGGAUGGCACUCAAAGGCAUAAGGAGUGGCUAGUGGGUUUUGAUGGUUGUGACUUAAGGCUGGAAUGUCUCGUGCCAAUGUUGAGUCAAAAAGACAUAAGUGAGCAUCGAGAGCCGAGACUUUCAGAUAGGCAAGAGAAACUCAGUUUGAAUACUCUUUCAAGAAUGCAUAGCGUCGGAUUGUUGUCUAUUGCUGGUUUUGAUCGAAUGAGUGAAAGAACAAUGAACGAAAAAAAAAUGGAAGAAAGAAACGAUAAAUCACAACGGAGGCUAAGGCUCCCACUAACCGCAUAUAGAUCCGCCCUUUAUUGGUUGGACUACUAUGAAAAUGUUUUAGAUAAGUUUUGA